AUGUCCUACUGUGAGGGAUUCCUGCAUGCAGAAAAUCGAAACUUGACCGGAUGUUCAACCCCGUCGCUACUGUUCGCCUUCAAUGCGACUGAAGCGCUAACGAAAGAUGCGGGCAACACCACCUCAUUAUCCAGCCUGGGAUGGCCGAGUUCCAUCACCGAUGAUCUACGCACGUUCGGUGCUACCAGCCAGAGUAUGGGGGUCUUCUACUGUAUUGGGAUAGGGUUAGCGGGACUGGUGGUCUUGGAACGACUGUGGUUCGUGAUCGCGAAAGGACCAAGACAGACGGUUGUAGAAGCUUCUUCUCUCAUGCUCAGUUUCACGAUGCUCAGCAUUCCGUCCAUUAUCGCAACGGUCAUUGCAUUACAAUUUGUGAAUCUCAUCAAUCGCCACGGCGAGGAGUCCGGUGUGACGGCGAGGUAUGGCCAUCAAUUUUUAGGGAUGACAUGGGCUGCCGCUGGGUUGUUACUGGUGGGAGGUAUGGUCAGUUUACUAACGGUGAUGGUGGACCGUAACCGAUCGGCAGCGUAUGAACCGGUGGCAGAACCGAAGACGGUGGCCGCGGAUUCGGACUCGGUAGGGUCGAACGAGAAGGGAGACUAA